AUGUUGCUCCCAAGCGUCGUUACAGCUCUUCUUGGGGGCUUUGCCACGGCAUGGCCUGCUUCUCACGUCAAUCAGCCACGGCAGAGCUCAACCUUUACCAAUCCCGUCGUCUAUGAAGAUCUUCCAGAUCUAGACGUCUUCCGGGUUGGAGAUGUGUACUACUACUCCACCUCUACAUUCGCAUAUUCCCCUGGCGCGCCAUUGUACAAGUCCUAUGACUUGGUGAACUGGGCACCCGUCACGCACAGCGUACCAACGCUCGACUUUGGCGACGACUAUAACCUACCCAACGCCGACAACCGCGCCUACGUCAAGGGCAUCUGGGCCAGCAGCGUCCGCUACCGCGCGUCCACCGACACCUUCUACUGGAUUGGCUGCAUCGAGUUCUCCAAGACGUACGUCUACACCUCGUCUGGCAGCAACGCCGGAAAUAACAGCGGCGAGGCCGACUCGUGGAAUUGGCAACAGGCUGCCGUCAUUGACACCUGCUACUACGACUGCGGCCUCUUCAUCGACGACGACGACACCAUGUACGUCGUGUACGGCAACACCAACAUCAACGUUGCCCAGCUGUCGAGCGACGGCCUCGCACAGGUCAGUACGCAGCAGGUCUUCACCAGCGGCAGCACCGCCGUCGAGGGCAGCCACUUGUACAAGAUCAAUGGCUACUACUGGAUCGUGCCGACGCAGCCCGCUACGGCCGAGUGGAUGUACCGAUCAGCGAGCAUCUACGGCCCGUACGAGCAGCGCGUGCUGGUCAGCUCCAUCACCGCGCCCCUCGCCCACACCGGGUCCCCUCACCAGGGAGGCUUCGUCGAGACGCAGGACGGCGACUGGUACUAUGUCUCCUUCCUGGACUCGUACCCGGAAAGAAAUCGUGUAUUGGCAUCAGAACUGAUGGCGACGAAGGAUAAUUACAGAGCUUCUCAGCAGGAGACUCGGUCGUGGAAGCAAAAGGCACAAGAUGCAGAACAAACACUAAGCAUAUAUUCUAAUGGAAUCACGAAGAUGUUUGGUGUAUUGCAAAGUCUUCAGGUUUCUGAUGAAAUCAGUCGACAUGACAAGAUAAGCACCUGA